UGUGUGUAUCCCCUGAAGAGGACUAGAAGUUCUAAUUCCUGCCUGUGAUCAUCAUAUUUCGGUCAUGACUUUGUGCUCCAUGUUCUCUCACUCGUGUCUCAUUCCUCAUCUCCCUCUUAGCAUCCUGUGUUAUACAAAAAAGCCCUUAACGCAUCCUCUGCGCAACUUAAAAAGCAGCACUGCUGAAGAAUACUGAUUUUGAUAGAUUAUAUGGCUGCGAGUCGGUAUACAAAAGGAUUAUGAAUAGGGUGUAAAUGAAGCACUUAGUGAUACAGAUUCACUUGAAGUGCUAUUUGGGUUUUCUUAUUAAGUGGGUUUCUUGGAGAUUGGGCUCUUCUUUGACUGACGUGUCUUCAUAUUCACAUUUAGGCCUUUUGUUCCCGUCGAGUGUCCCAGUCUCUCUUUCCUGGUGGAAUGAACUGCAAACCGAAAUUAGUGGACCGAUUCAGUCGAACAGCGUGUCAAAAAAGGGCUCAUGUGCAUGUGAGUCUGUUUGAGGUCUUUUUAUUCCAGAUCACCCGAGGCGUCUUCAUUGGAGCUUCUUCUUUGGUAGGAAGGAUUCAUUUGAAGUUCGCCCUGCAGUGUCACAUCACUGCUAUCCUUUUGUGACUUCAGAUGGGAUUACUGAUCCUGUUAUGCAGAAGAAUCACAACUUGAUUGGGAAAUAAUUUAUCACCUUCUUCCUCAUAGAGAAGUCUGAUAAACCCCAAAACAUCACACUCAGCGUGUGUGUAUCAAUCUGUUUGACGGGGUGUACAUGUGCCUGUUUAUGCACAGACACCUGCACCUGAGACAUAGAAUAUAAUGUUUGUUACAUUAACAACACUGUGAGGUAUAAUCAGUGACAUUUUCAAAGGGAAUCUUGUGUAUCUGGUGCUCCACAGUGACUUUGUAGUUUAUUUAUCAUACUUUCUAUAAUGUUAUUAUUGCAGUAUCCAUUUAAUAUAGCCCAUGGUAACAUUAGUUUUCUUAUUUGGUUGGUAUCCUAAAAUGUAGUCUUAUUAUAGCAGCUGGAUUGGCCAUGUUCUUUAAAAAAAGAAAAAGAAAAACACUUCUUCCUAAUCCCUCUUGACUCACUGGAAAAAAGGCUUAUUAGCUCACUCUAUUUUUAAUUUGCAUUGUUAUUCUACGUCUUUUAAAUUUAUGUAAACAGCUUUUUCUAAAAAGCACACUAAUGACAGCAUCACCGGUGACGUUCACACGGAGAAAGGCAGAGACUUGCGCUAAACGGAGCGCAGCUCUGACGCGUUGUUUCUGCAGCGCUGUCUGGCGCACACAGAUAUAAAACCCAGCGCGCACCAAGCGCCCAGAAGAGCAGAAGAGACGCCUCGGGACAGCGCGCAAAUCUCCCUCUGAUCCUCUGGGAAAUAUGCAUCCUAACUUAGUGAGCUGGUUGGGGACUCUGGGGUUCCUGCUGUGGGCGCUGCUCUGCCUGGGCGCCCUGACGGAGGGAUACCCGGUGAAACCGGAGAACCCGGGGGAUGACGCCCCGGCGGAGGACCUGGCCAAGUACUACUCAGCCCUGAGACACUACAUUAACCUCAUCACAAGACAGAGGUAUGGAAAAAGGUCCAGUCCUGAGAUUCUGGACACACUGGUCUCAGAGCUGCUGUUGAAGGAAAGCACAGACACGCUCCCACAGUCAAGAUACGACCCAUCAUUGUGGUGAUGCUGUCAUCAGUGUUGGCUCCACAUCACUGCCGCCCCGCCGCCGCUGACAUUCUGACCUCUACACAUCUGUCACUACACACCUUCCUACACCAAAAGACCACCCUGCCUCUGCCCCCUUUACCUCUAUGAGCCGCCACGUAUAUUCGACCCCUCCUCAUUGCCCGACAGCUACAGUCACAACUGCUUAAAGUAUGUGCCAUAAAAUUGUAAAUAGUUUAUUCAGAGUUCUCAUCUGUGAAACAUAACAGUAAAGUGGAGGAGGGCAUGUUGAUUGUACUGUAUAAUUGUGCUA